UGUGUGGGAGAGAAACAUGACGCGCAUGUGUGUCACCUGGCAGAGCAGCUCCUCACCACUUCCUGCUCCACUCAGACAGCAGACGACACAAGACGACGGCGUCUGCUCGGUGUCACGUCGUUGAAGCGAGCGGAGACAUGAAGUCGUGGACGUUUGGUCUGAUGGUCGUCGCCUCAACGUUUCCCACUGCAGAGGCCAUGGCGCUGUACGACCCCAAGCUGUGCUUCCUGCUGGACGGCUUCCUGGUCGUGUACGGCCUCGUCAUCACCGGCAUGUUCAUCAAGGAGAAGUUCUUUAGGACCAAGGGGAAGUUGGUGGAGGACGCCCUCUACACCGAUCUGAAAGGUUCUGACGGCGGCGGCGGUUACCAGCCGCUGGUCCGAGAUGCCGAGAGAGGACGAAACCGCUGGACGCACGACGAAUCCCCCUACUCGGACCUGAGCAAACGGACAGACGGAGACUACAAGGAGCUUCCUAUCAAACGAGAGCGUCAGAAAAAGAACGAGCAGGUUUAUCAGGGUCUGAGCUCGGCCACCAGAGACACCUACGACUCUCUCCAGAUGCAGCCGCUUCCUGCUCGCUAACUCCGCCUCCUGUCAAUCAUCAUGUGAUCAUGUUUCGAUAUGACCCCUGCAGGCCUCCGUAUGUUAGGCUGCCAUUUUAUUGUGAAUUUAAAAAUAUGUUUAGAAGCUUUGCGUUUCCUUUUUUUUCUUCUUCUUCUUUCUGAGCUUUGUUUUUAAUAAUUUACUUCAAAUCCACUUGUGUUUGUUUAUUAUCCGUGUUUGAUUAAUCUGGAUUUAGAUUUUUGAUAAUUUGAUGUUUUCCUGAGAAUUUGUCUGAUUAACAAACAGUUUGUUAUGAUUGUUUCUGUUUAAAACGUUUUGCUGAUGAUUAAAAAAAUGUUUCAUAUUAAAGUCUCAGCUCCGCCCCCUGGUGGACACAAACAAAACCA